UCAGUCAGACUGAGGCUGGCGCUGAACUCACUUUGCUUGCCUGGUUGCCUUUUGCUGGGUCGGAGGAUUAGUGUGCUGCCUGAACGCGUGGCUGUGGCUUUGGGCCAGGGCACCCAGAGCUACAACUGAGGUGUGAACACUGAGACCCUUCCCUGCUUGCAGAAAGGAAAUCCCUUGAUUGCCUCACUGUGGGAUUGCCUCUCAACAGGGGGCAGAGAAUGGUUUUUGAGAGCUGCCAAAUUAUUCCCACCACAGAUUACAAAACAGUAUCCAGAACCUUAAUUGCUUCUUUGUCCAGUCCUUAAUCUAGCACAAAAUUCUGACAACCAUCUCUAUGCGUUCAUGAAAACACUGUGAACUUUGACCUCACAAAGUCAUCUUUCCUUGAUGUGACCUAUUUUCCAAGUCUUGAACAUUCCUACACCCUGCCACUGUCUCUCAAAGUGCGUAUAUAAAAUGAGGCCUCUCAUUCCUGGAGAUGGAUCUUCCCCUCUGGGGCUACUAAACCGAGGGCCAGAGUACCUCCGCAGGCAGCUGGAGGCCAGCAGUGGAGGCCGUUCCCCAAGUGCAGUGGAGAGACUGGAGGCUGACAAAGCCAAAUAUGUCAAAUCCCAACAAGUAAUCAACAGACGUCAAGAACCGGUGCUCCUCUGCUAUACCCCUCAGCCUUCCCCAUGUUGCAGGAGACCCCUGACUCUCCACCAGCAUAAUGAGUUCUCUCAGGGCUUAUUGGUAAGCCCAGAUGGCCCUGGACCUAAAAAGGUACCUCCUUCUCCUCAGUCACCGACCACACGGAGGGGUAGUGGCAGACGCAUGCUGAGGCCUGACUCCCUUGUCAUCUACCGUCAGAAACGGGAUUGCUCAGCUGUGAACAAAGAAAACGCCAAGGGCUACAGCCUUGUGAGGUGGUUGUUUCAGGGCUCCCUAAGAGAUGGACGCAGCAGUUCCCCUUUUUUGAGGGGCCAGUUGGGAGAAGGACAGCUGCGAGCAACGCAAGAGGAGACCUCCAUGGCCUGGGUAGCAACAGAAAAGGAGGAAACAAGAACUCUAAGCUCUAUCGGCAUCCAAGCCAGGUCAAGCACCAGGUCCACAGGACAGACUUCUGACAACAGUCAGAGACAGCAGUCCAGCUCCUGUGUACAUAAGGACCAGACCUGUUCCUCAAUCAGUCCAGCUCCAGCAAGGUCCAAGCGAGACCUGGCUCAGAGCUGUUCUCUUCCUCUUUCAGAAAAAGAACGUUUUUUCAACUACUGUGGCUUGGACCGGAAUCUGGUGGAGGUGCUGGGGGCAGAGAGGUUCAAGCCAGGGGGUAGCUGGGAAGUAGGCUCCUCUGGCCCACUUUUUGGAAGCAUGGGGUCAGCCACUUCUGGACAGAGCAGCCCCUCCCACAAUGAAGGGGAGCUGUCCACCGAAGAGCUGAGUGAGAAGCUGUCAGUGUCUGUCUCUGUGGUCGAACGAAAUGCCCGUGUCAUAAAAUGGCUCUACAACUGCCAGCAGGCUGGAACUGUAACCAAAGAGUCUACAGUGUGAACAUAGAUUUGGGCCAGAAAGAUUAUUCUUGUUUAGAUGGGUGCUUGAUGACUGGACAUCCCCUGUCUUGCAAGGGUCUGUUGAGGUCCCUGAGGUGGACCAGCCCUUUAAUUUGAGGAAACUUCCCCAUAGGUGGAUGCCCUAGAAGGCCUCGAAUGACAAGAAUAGGUUUAACCAUGUAGCUCCCAUGGUGCUGGCAGUGGCUGGGUGUGCACCUACUGCCAUCAUCACCACAGCCUGGGUCUGGGUCAAGUGGCCCUGAGGUAUUGCUAGCACAGGUGGGACCCUUGAUUCAGUUUACGUCAGGAUUUUUGAAAUGUCUCAGCCCACCCUGGCAGGCAGCCUAGUUCUUAUUUGAAGGAGGCAGUAAUGUACCCCUUGUGGGUCGCUAAACAGGGCAGGCUUUGCUUUAUUUUAAAGCCAGUUAUGGCUCUCAUCAGAGGGGUCAAGUGGGAGUUCUGAAUAAAAUCCUCGGCCUAACCUGAUUUGGUUCAGCAUUGACAGCAUCAGGGGCUGCAUACAUAUGGACAGUCCUGUAUGGGUCAGGACCAACCUCAUUUUGAACGGGAGGUUCAGUUUUGAAGAUGGGAGUGAUCCAGAAGUUGUCUUGUGACAGUUUCAUUUGCAAUCUUCUUCCAUAGCUAUCAGCAACAAUAGGGAAAGGGGGCAAAUUCUAUCUACAGCAUACAGAAGUGUAGGUUAUCUUUCCCCUCACCCUUUCCUUUACCAAUUAUGGAAGGAUAAAAUAGUGUACUGUUGAAUUUGGACUAGGGAUCAGCCUUACUCAGCUGUGAAUCUCAUGAGGUGGCACCAGGCUAGCCACUGUCUCAGAGCCUGGCUCCCCUAGAGUUCCCACAUCUCAACACUACCUUGGCAAAUGCUGGAAGAUUUAAACAGAGUGCCUGGAGAGUGGAAUUUUGGGAGGAUGUGAUGUCACUUCUGGUUGAUGCUCUAAACUACCUCCCCUACUCUUUGAAAUGUGUAGAGUGUCACUGUGUAGCGUCCAUUUUUUUCAUCUGCUGCUCAGUUCCUUAGGGAAAGGAAAUUGAGGUCGGGGGUGGGUAAUUUUCCACCCAGAGUAGAUAAGUGAGAGGAUUAGCUUACUAUACAUGGUGGUGGUUAUAAGGCAAGGGGAUAACCAUGAGGUCCUUUCUUGGAGGGGAUAAUAAAUGAAUAAUUAGUAUCGCUAGUUAUUUUGGGGGCUUGGCCUACAAAUAUUUGUGAUGGACACCAACCGCACUGCUGCAGUGGUACACACAGUGGCAACUUUUGUGUGAUCUGAAGGAAGCACUUUGCAGCUUCUAGGAGACAACUCCCCAGUCGCCCGUGAGUUGUUCCCUCUGAUGUGGUGUAGCGUUUAGGGCAAGCCCUGGCACUCAAUUUCCUGGCAUCUCUUGCUCAAAUGUUCUCCAGACAUUGUAUAAUAAAGAGAGAAAAUUCACUGAC